AUGACAACUCAAAUCAAAGAACUUUUCCUUUCCAAAAACUUCCAAAUUCUUGCAUUAACCCAAUACUGCAAUUUAUUAUUUGAAUACUCCCCUGGCUCAAUCCCUUUAUUAAGUGAUCAAAAGCUUAAAUUAUUCCCAACCUGUGUGACAUUUACAGGAACUAAAAGAUUUCAAUUUCAAACUUUAUGAAUGAAUAGCAACAUCGUAAUACCUAUUUAGGCCUCAGUAAUCCACAAUAAAUACGUGAUUUGGGUAUUUAUAUGUAAAAACGAAUACUCUGAGGCAAUAGAAAAUAAUCGUUUAUUUUUGCUUUCUUUAUUUGUGAAAUUUCUAAGCAUAAGACCUCAUUAUCUUCAAAAAAUAUUAAAUGCUGAAAAAGUGAAAUCGUCAAGGCAGCAUAGUGAUUUUUGGGUCUUGGCAUUUUGGAAGAAAUUUGGCCAAAAUCUUUGAUAGAAACUUAAAGGUUUUUUUUGACCAAAUGCCACAAUAUCAAGAAAUUUUAACUAAAAUUGACGAAGAAUAUCACACUUUCAAAAUUAUACAACCAAAUGAUAUAUAACCGUGAUUUUUUGCUGCAAGAUGUAACAACUGAUCGACCUCCAAGCUAUACUGAAAGUUUUUCUUCAUAUAAAACAUUUUUAGAAGAAGAAGCAGAAAAUUGGCUUAUUGAAUAUUUGGUAGAGAUGAAUAAUUUCGAAGGAUUUGUGAUGGACAUGAAAGGGUAUCUCCUUUAUGGCACAGUGCCAGGAGAAGAAGAUUUAAAACUCCAAAUUCUUGGCUACGGAAAAAAGCUUAACGCUGAGUAUAAAAGUGAUUUUUCAGUAAGAAAAUAAUUAGAGAAUGCUAAAUUAGAAAUUAAUUUAGUAAACCACAAGCUUUCUAUGAUAAUAGGCCUAUCUCCAGUGCUAAAAGGGCUUAUUAUAGCUUCCUACGAGUCCACAAGCUACUCAGACUCUAGCUUUAGAACCGUCCACAACUUAAAUUUAAUCUGAAGUACCCUUCAAUUAGGCUCUGAAUUUCCUCAUCCAGCCCAAACUCCUCAUCACCUAUAUAAUUUUGUCCUGCAUCUUUCUAACGCUUUAGAAAAAUGGCUAUAUCAUACUGUAUGUGAAGACCAAGAAUUUCGAUAUAAAUACUCUACAAUGAUUAUAUAAUUUUUAUUAUUUAUUUUCAUAGUAAAAAAUAGCUUGAAUUAUUUUUCAGAUAAAUUAAGGGAAAAGACUAUAUCCCUUUUUCCCAUUCUAAUAAAGAACUAGUCCCAGAACUCGCUACAAAAAUAGCAUUUACGAAUGAAGAGCCUGAGUCUGAAGACGAAACUGACAUAAAGCCUGACAUCAGUGCUAUUGAAAGAAUAAAUGACCCCGAUGCAGAGAAAUCUGACCUUUUGCAGAUGUCCCAAGAAUUUUCAACUUUUAUUAAUAAAGCAGAUACUAUAGAUUUAGAUGGCCUAAUGCCUAAAGUUUCACUAGAAAAUACCCAAGACCAGCUAUUUGUGUUUAAUAACUAUAUAGAAGAUGAAAAUAAAGAAUCUAUCUCAGACGAGGAAACUGACAAAGUUAUGCUUCCACCUAUAGAUGAAAGGUCCACAAUUUUUAAAAGCAAGCAGAAAGUAGUCAGUCGUAGGGCCUCUGAGUCAGUUCUUCAACAAAGCCCUUUUGCUUUGUUUCACCGUUUGUCUUUGCAGGAAAGCUUGGCAAAUAGAGAUAGGUACAAUGUGUCGAAAUCGACUCAACAUUUUGGACGGUCUGAUUUAUUGAAUAGAGAAGAAUUGGUUGACCUUGGGGUAGAUAUUUUUAAUGAUGCGUAUGAGAUGAUUGAAAAUUAUGCUGAGUUGAACCAUAGACCAAGAAGAGAGUCCAAAGAGAACCAAUAA